GAUUGAUGGUUGCAACGAAUGUCGAAGAGGCCGUGGAGACCUGAGAUACCGCGUCGUCGGGACGGAAAAACCAACACCGAUGCCUUACUUCACUUCGAGGUCUUCCAACUAACCGUCUUACUCCAAAUAGUCGGGUCCUCGCACGACUUGAGCUCCUGUAUCCCAAACACACGGAUCCGGAUCUAUUUUAGAUGACUUUACUGCGGCGCUGAUGGCAACCUAACCUCGCUCUUGAAUAGCACAGCCUCCUAGACGCUAGGGACGGAGUAUUAAUUAGGCAUCAGCAUCUCUCUCUAGAGUCCCAACUUUACAUCUCCGUUUUCGCUCUUCCCCCAUCACUUUUAGCACAAUGAAGCUCAGAAACCGGGAUGUUCCCGAAUCGACCGACGUGUCCGACUCCACCCCAAAAAAGAUAUCUCCCUUCCCCUUUUAUGGCGAAUGGAAAGGACAUACAAUUCCUCAUCUCACCACCUACCAUUCGAUCGCAUCCUCCCUCAGGCCAGGAAAACCAGUGAUCUACCUUGCUGGCGAUUCAUCCUUGGACAACAAAUUCUGGGUCCCUGGCUCUGGCCCAGGUGGCGAUCCCUUGCCCGUGGAGGUUCCUGAAAUCUACUAUUCCAUUCUUGAUCGACCUAAACCUAAGCCGGAUGUUGCGUUCUGGAUGAACCACUAUCUAGGCGACCAAGCCACUGUCAUUAACACGUCUAUCGAAGCAUCGAUGCUCCGGGAACGCCAGUCCGGGUUAUUGCCGCAAGACGAAUUCAUUCGCGAUCACAUCACCGCGAACGAUGUCCUUGUCGUGUCCGUCGGCGGCAACGACAUCGCACUCAGCCCGACAGUAUCGACCGCACUGCGCAUGCUACAACUUGCGUGGCUGUCUUCGCGAUCUUCUCUCGAGCGCGGCAACGCGUGGUCCCUCGGUUACUUUAGGCAGUUGUUCGGCACUCAGAUUCAAGCAUACGUUGAAAAGCUCGUGGAAAGGCAGAAACCCCGUGCUGUCAUUAUAUGCAUGAUCUACUUCCCGCUUGAACAAGAGUUCAGUUCCCAAAAUAGUUGGGCGGAUCGACAGCUGAAGUUGCUCGGCUACAGCAAAGACCCAAAACAGCUCCAGGCCGGGAUUAGGAGCAUUUUUGAGACUGCGAUGAAACAAAUUCGAGUUGAGGGUACGGGAAUCAUACCCUGCGCGCUGUAUGAGGUUAUGGAUGGAAAGAACGCCGACGAUUACACCGAGAGGGUGGAGCCGAGCGUGCAAGGUGGUAGAAAAAUGGCUGAGCUAUUGAAGAGAAAGCUUGAUUCUGUGGUGGCAUAAUGACUUGAAUCCAUGGCUGUGGCCGUAACUAUACCAUAUUUAUCCGAGGUCGACCACGGUUCGUGGAAUAUUCAUUGGAUGCACGCAGCCCACGUGGUACCUUGAAUAGAACAGAAUCAGAUUGGACAUGCCCAAAUCCAGAAUAAU